GAGAGCGUGUUUGUACGUGGGUACGUGGUUGUGCUGCCGCCGUCCCCGUCUUUUGCAUUGAUCGCGCCGAUUCGUUGUGAUGCAAUCCGCGCGCGAGAACAGCGCCUGACUUUCUUCGGUUUUCCACGUCGUACGUAUUGUUGUUCUCCUCCAUCCUUCAGUCACGGGGACACGCUCCGCUGCUGUGAUGCUGUCGCUCUCGUGUGUGCGCCGUGUCUCGCUGCACAGCCGGCGACGGUGGGAGCAGCGCAUUGUCUCGGUGCUGUCGGAGAACAAGGAGGAGAGCGUCGACGCCGUGGCGAGGCGCUUUCAACGCGUCUACAAGGAGCGCCGCUACACGCCAGUGGAGGAGGCGUUUCCACCCCUCUCCGCCCCUCCCGGCACGGCGGCAACUGCCUCUUCCACACCCGCUGUUCCAGCGCAGCAGCCGGCCACUCCGCUGGUGCUCCACGCCACCUUCUUGGGGCCUCAGAACGCGGGAAAAACGUCCUUGGUCAACGCGCUGGCUCUCAGCAACGUCGGCGCGGUGAGUAACCGCUACGGCAGCACAAAGGACUGGACGAAGGCGGUGGCCACCGUGCACGACACGCAGCUGCUGCUGCUCGACACGCCGGGCAUCGUACCGCGAGACACGAAGCGCACGCGGCCGAAGUUUGCCUCCGGCACCGCGAAGGCGUACGACUCCGUCUUUGUGUCGGACCUCGUCGUGCUAACGUUGCCAGUAGGGGUGGGCUUUGUGGAGAAGGAGCAUAAAGUAAUUGCAGCGGAGGUGGUGCGCCGUGCUGCCGGCCGCGACCUCCCCGUCGUUCUCGCCAUGACGAUGAUGGAUAAGGUGCAGACGCCCCGCCACCGUGAGCUUUACUUUGCACUGCGGACGGAUCUAGAGUCGCUUGGACUGCCCAUGGCGGCCACGCACGAGGUGAGCGUGAAGGGUGGGACGGGACUGGUGGAGUUGAAGGACUGCUUGUGCCAGUACGCGAAGCCCGGGCCGUGGGAGCACUACCGGCGCGAGGCAACGGAUUUGCUGCCUCCGCAACGUGUGUCGGAGAUGCUUCGGCAGACGUUCAUGGAGCUGCUGCCCCACGAGAUCCCGCACUGCAUGCGGCACCGCGUACUCGGGUGGACCCGCAAAGAGUCCGGCACGACAGAGGUGGUGGUUGAGAUAUUUUUCGACCGUCCGGCGUACAUGUUCACCUUUUACGCGAAGUUGGAGGCCAUUUGCCUACGCGCGCAGCAGGUCACGGAGCGGGAGUUGGCGCCGCGGCGAUUUCGCUUUGUCUUCCAGGCUUUCAUUGCUCCUGGCGGCAUCUCCACCUCCUGA